UGGGCAUGUGCAUAUAUAUAUAUUGAUGGGAUUCGAGCAUAGAACUCCCACACCUAACUCAACUCGAAGACAUCAAAAGUACAAAGGAAACAGAGAAGAAGAGAAACCCUAACAUGGGACAAGAUAAACGAGUCAAGAAAGAUUCUCCACUAUCUGAACAAAGUGCUAUCAUUUUGGCUUCAAGUCAAAAUGAAAAACUUGUUGAGAUAGAGAAAGACAAGAGACUUGCGUUGAUAGAUGCUUGGGAAGAGAAUGAGAAGGCAAAAGCUCAAACCAAGGCUUACAAAGAACUUUGCUCAAUUGAAGCAUGGGAGAACAACAUGAAGACAGCUCUAGAGUUAGAUUUGAAGAAAAUGGAGGAGAAUUUAGAAGUGGAGAAAGCUGAAUACUCAAAAAAAUUCAAGAAAAAGAUACCAGAAAUUGAGAAGAUUGCAGAAGCAAAAAGAGAAAAAAUAGAGAAACAAAAGGAGCAAGAAUCUAUCAAAGUGGAAAAAAUGAGCGAGAAGCUAAUCGCAACUCCAAGUGCCUAUCCACCCAAUUCCAAAACCUGUGGAUGUUUCUAACACUUUUCUUCUUAAUGUAAUUGAAAAUAACAAAAAAUGAAAAUGUAUAUAUCUAAAACGAAUAAUGUAAAAUAUAUAUAUGUAUAUAUAUAUAUGUGUUUUAAAUGUGUGAAUAACUUUCAAGGGAUAAUGUCACGAAAACCCACUUUCGUGUUGA